AUGGUUUUUGCUCACAGAAUGGAUAACAGCAAGCCGCCUUUGGUUAUUCCUACACUUCUGGUGCCCCUUCAAAACCACAGCUGCUCUGGAACAGCCACACCUCAGCCAAGCCAUGACCUGACGGAAUUCUCUGAGGAGCACAGCUGGAUGAGCAACAGAACAGAACUUCAGUAUGGACUGAAACCCGGGGAGGUGGCCACAGCCAGCAUUUUCUUUGGGACUUUGUGGUUGUUUUCUAUUUUGGGCAACUCUCUGGUUUGUUUGGUCAUCCACAGGAGUAGAAGGACUCAGUCCACCACCAACUACUUUGUGGUCUCCAUGGCAUGUGCUGAUCUUCUCAUCACCAUUGCCAGCACACCCUUCGUCCUGCUCCAGUUCACCACUGGAAGGUGGACACUGGGCAGUGUGAUGUGCAAGGUCGUGCGAUAUUUUCAGUAUCUCACUCCAGGCGUCCAGAUCUACGUUCUUUUCUCCAUCUGCAUAGACUGGUUCUACACCAUUGUCUAUCCUCUGAGCUUCAAGGUGUCCAGAGAAAAAGCCAAGAAAAUGAUUGCAGCAUCAUGGGUCUUUAAUGCGGCUUUUGUGACCCCCAUGUUCUUUUUCUUUGGCUCCAACUGGGACAGUCAUGACAGGUAG